CUUUACUACUGCCCUGGAGGCUGUCUGACUUUUUUUCGAUGAGGGUGCUUGGGGUUUCUCGAGGCUUACGACUGACGCCGAGAUUGACGGUCUGCGUGGUCAUCUCUUUCAUGACCUUGUCGUUAUCCCUCAGUGGGUUCCAAAUGUCCAGACAACAACGGCCGAACGGCGUGGAGCCUCUAUGGCUAAAGCUAAUGACUGGUAAACCCUUGAAGGCUGGGGGGCCCCCCACGCUGGUCACGCCCCGCAUGUUUGGGGACUUGCUCUUCCCAUCCCCGGGGAGGAAAGCUGGUGAUCGGUGGGCGUAUCUUGACAUCAACCAAAAAACCUUGUCUGCUCUUCUUGGAUGCUUUGAAGCGUUGAAUUGCGGGCCAAAUCAAGACAAAAUUGUAUUGCUUCAAUCUUUUCAUUUCCGAGGCGUGCUCAAUGGGUGGGUGGCGGGGGAAGAUACAUGGGCGAAGUCGACAGUAUGUGAUCGUAUACCUGGUUUACAAUGCUAUGCUCUAGUUAUUCAUUCUGCUGGCCCAAAUUCCAUAGGUCUUGGCUCUAGAAGCUCUCGGUUACACGUACCUUUACACCCAUGACUGGCAAGAAUCGGCUGCAACUUACAGAAUCUUCCCUGAACACGUCAUUGCUAUCCUCAUGGAGGACCAGGAUAUGAGAGACUGUCUCAAAGAGACACGUUGCACAAAAAAUAACGAGAACCCAUACGGCAUGCCCAUAUGGAAGAUUUUCUCAUUCUUGUUUUGGCCGAUUUACAGUCACCCGCUUGGAAAACAGUGGACGCUCAAUCCGGAGCCCUACGGAGAAGAAGCGCACUGGAGAGGAGGAGGGACGCCGCUUUCGUACUCUAUCGAG